AUGCCGACGCCGGACAGCAGUGACAAGCCCUCCGACUCCUCCGCUGACUUCUCUCGCAGCCGGUGCGAGACACCCAUAACCUCCCCUCCCCUCCGAGCCGCAGCAUAUUCCAAAGAGCGGCCUCGAUCAGCCCGCAACAAGCAUACCGUUACCUUCAAUUCCCACAUUAUGCGGCCUAUGCUCUCGGCCAGCUGUAGGCGUGUCCGGCCUGAUUCUGAUACCGAGCGUCCGGCCAAGGCUGCUCGACUGUCGUGGAAGAGCUCUCACCAAUUGCCUACGUCCUCACCGGCCCUUAAUUGCUAUAUAACAACUCGCCGGCACCCUUGCCCCUUUAUAUCCGAUACCACAAUCCCCGAGCUAUCUUCUCCUGUAUAUCAAGCCCUAUCUGAUAAGGAGAACGACCCGGAUCUGCCUAUACAUAGCUUCCGGCAUGGAUCCUCGCCGCCUUGUACGCCGCCUUGUACGCCGCCUCCCAAGUAUGCCUAUCUGGCCCGGAGUGAACAGCACGAACAUGGCGCAGACCUGCUCAUAUACCAGGCCAAGUCGCCUACCCCGGGUCGCGUAUUCAACUUUGCUGAUUUCGUGAAUGUGACCCCUAGUCCUGCUCAGCCUGCUUGGGGCGGCCGUACACCUGGCAACCCAGGUCGCACCCCUCUUUCUACCAAGGAUACCCACAAGCGAUUGAACUUUGAUGCACUUGUUCCACCUAGUACCUCAAGUCCUCGCCUCCGAGCGAAGGAGACUGGGCUGGCUCUGCAACUAGGCGGCGAGCCACGGCCUUGAAUUGGACUAACGCGCCUUUCUCGCCCUUCCAUCCAUACCUACACAGCCCCUGCCGACACAGCUCCUUGCAAUUCCCCCCGGCAUCUGACUCGGUGCUUAUAAGAGCGACCUAUCUGUCGCUUCGUCUGGCUCCACGAGAGGGAAAGAUGGAGUUGCUUCCUGCCCACAAAUUGUCGGCUGAGCCUUGGCCGAAGGUUCCUCGUGUUUCUUGUCAGUACGGAUUCUCUGCGCUAUCCCGACUGUCUUUUCUAUGUGCGAUCUGCCACGAUAAUUCCAAGUGCAUUGACCGAAGUACCAAGGAGAGUAUGGAACCACCCAUCGCAUUAUCCUUGCAACGGGCGGUCGCAGGUCAUAGAUAUCGGAUACGAGGGUUGAUCUGUCCGCGAAGUGGUCCUUAUCGGGCCAUUAUGAGAUAUUUUGUGCCCCUCGUAGGCCGCUGAUAGCGCGGUCAGUAAGACUAACGGGGAUAUAUAAUGUUGGUAGAAGUCGGGAAUAGGGUGUAGCCUCCUGAGUUCGUGGGACAUACGCAAGUGGAAGCUCAC